AUGCCGCAGAAGGAGGAGCUUGUACGGCUGGAGAAGGUUCAUUUCGCAGAGGAUGACGACGACGACGACACGUUUCAGUACGAAGCAGUGGACGAUGGAGCUCUCGAGCUCGAUGACGACGAUAGGGAUGAAGAAGACUUUGCCGCAGUGCUGCGAAACCUCAAUCGUUCUACAAUAGCAUCAGCUCAAGACACGACGGCACCAGUCUCGUUGCCUUCUGCCAACGCCUCCAACGAUGAUAUGAGUGCAGAACGCAGCGUUGCCGGCAGCCCCAAGCAAUCGAUAAUGACGCGCGUCCACACUCAAGUGCGUCCGUCCGUAGUAGACGACUUUAUCCGGAACUUCCUCAUUAAAUUGGGACUCACACGUACAUUGGACAUGUUCAAUCACGAAUGGUACGAGUUUAUCGCCAAGGGUAAACUACGCGAAGACGACGUCGGCGUAGUGCCCGAUAUUUACGUGCGCAACCAGGCGUUAGACGACCAAGUGAAGGAGUUGAGACGCCAGCUAGAAGACACACGAAGGAUCACCGAGAAGGCUAAAGGCACGUGGGAUAAAUUCCGUCACCAGCGUGAUGUCCACAAGAUGCAUCACCAACGAGUAUUGCAGGAGAAAGAAGCACUGUCAGUCAAGAUCCGCAAGCUCGAAAAGCACGUGGCUGCUUAUGAGCCUCUGCUUCAAGAACUUAAAGCCAAGUAUGAGAACUCCAUGAAGGAGAAGAUGCUCAUGCGAAUUGAACGGGAUCGACAAGUAGCGAGAGCAGAGGCGCUUGAAGCGCAGCUUAAAGCUGUUGGAGGAGUGUCGACAGCAACCAAUACGUCAGGAAAAGGCAAAGUCGUGGCUCCAGUCGCACCUCUGAACUCCUCGAAGACCGCUUCCGGUGGGCAAAAGAAAAAGAGUAAGUCCAAGAGCGACGUGCCCGACACAAAGCUGCCCAACCCUGAUGCUGCGAAUCCGUUCGUAGACAAACGCUUCGAGCCUGUGAAUCCUGAACGUGUGGAGCUUGCUCGAAGUUGUCAGGCUCAUGCCAACUCUGUAGCGGCGGUGGCCUUCCAUCCAAAAAAUCCUAUUGUGGCCACAGUUUCCGACGAUGAGACUUGGAAGCUCUGGUCUGCUCCUGCUGGAGAGCUUAUCAUGAGUGGAGAAGGCCAUCGCAGUUGGCUUUCAAGCGUAACUUUCCACCCACGAGGAGCGCACGUGGCCACCUCCUCUGGAGACAACACCGUCAAGCUCUGGGACUUCGUGGGAGCUGCUUGUUCACUGACUUUAGCCGAUCACUCACAUCCAGUCUGGGAGAGCGCAUUCCACCACGACGGUGACUUCCUUGUAAGCGCCUCCAUGGACCACACGUGCAAGCUCUGGGAUCUGCAUUCCGGUCGUUGCCGUCGAACGUUCCGAGGCCACGUUGACUCUGUCAAUAGUGUCUGUUUCCAGCCAUUCUCCACGAAUAUCUGCACGGGUUCUGGGGACAAGACAGUGUCCAUUUGGGAUCUGCGUUCAGGUCUCUGCGUGCAAACCUUCUAUGGUCACCAGAAUGCCUGCAAUAGUGUGGCCUUCGCGCUUGCUGGUGAUACAAUAGCAUCAUGUGAUGCCGAUGGCUUCGUCAAGGUCUGGGACGUGCGUAUGGUGGCCGAACGAAGCUCACUGGAUGGCGGACAACAUCCACUCAACAGCGUGGCAUUCGAUCGCAGCGGUAAGAUCCUCGCAGCAGCCAGUGACGAUGGAUCCAUCAAGCUCUUCAGCAUGAAAACCGAAUCACUCGCGACGGAACUAAAGGGCCACGAGGGCCCAGUCCAGUCCGUCAAGUUCGACCCGAACGGCCGCUUCUUGGCGUCCUCCAGCUCCGACUGCACCUUCCGGCUUUGGUCGACAUAACAAAAGAGUCAUGGAACAAGACAAUGCCUACCUGGCUCUCCUCCAUAGCCUUAAUAAAUCUUGAUCACAGUAGUAUACCACGUCCAUACA